AUGACUGAUCUGUUAUGUCAGCUGUGUUCGGUUAGAUUCUUGCUUGACAGCAGUCAUAUAAAAGGACGCGGGACCUGCUGGUUUAUUGGCAAACGGUCUUCUUUUUCACAGUUGUUUUCUUUGUAUAGUACCCAGAACACCAUCCAAUACAGAAGAGUAGUUCACUGUUACAGUACUAUCUCUCCUACAACAACAGCAACAACAACAACAGAAAUGCCAGAAUUCCGUACUAUCCAAAAGCACUUUAUUGCAGGGGAACAAGAAGAAGGUGUCGGUGCCCGUGUCAGGAGAUCUGUCGGGUCCAUGAGACAGAGAAACUUCUCGCCAUUCCUACUGCUGGAUCACUUCACCGUCUCGCACCCUGCAGGGUUCCCAGAUCACCCUCACCACGGGCAGGAAACCAUCACGUACGUUCGUGAAGGUAUGAUUGCCCACGAAGAUUUCUUGGGCUCCAAGGGUGUCCUGCGUCCAGGUGACUUGCAGUUCAUGACCGCAGGUAAGGGGAUCAUGCACUCUGAGAUCCCAGUCCUGAUGGAAAACGGCGACGCCGGGGUCGGUUUGCAACUGUGGGUGGACUUGCCAAAGGACAUGAAGGACUGUGCCCCCAGGUACAGAAACUUGAGGGGCACUGAGAUCCCUAUUGCGGAACCAAACGAGCAUUUGAAGAUCAAAGUCAUCAGUGGGAAAUCGCACGGUAUUGAUUCCGUCAAGGAGUUGGCCUACACCCCUGUCGACUUCUACCACUACAUCUCGGACAAGAAGGGCACAGGGUUCGUCCAAGAGGUCCCCACAAACUUCAACGUCUUCCUAUACGUCAUGAAGGGUGCCGUCAAGAUCGAUGGCCAGGUCUUCCCACAGUACUCCACCGUCUUCUACAACGCCAACGGUGAUGCCAUCAGAGGUAUGGUCGACGACGACGACACCGAGUUCGCCAUUAUUGGUGGGUUGAUCCUGGACCAGCCGGUCAUUCAACAUGGUCCCUUCGUGGAAACCACUAGAGAAAAAAUCAUUGAGGUGUUCCAAAACUUCCAAUACGGUAUUAACGGGUUCGAGAGAGCUGUUGGCUGGAAAUCCUCCAUCCGUAACGGUAUUCUAGAAAAGGAUGUGCCCGCAUUCGAAGCUGCUGGAGAGGCUAAGAAGUAG